CCCAGUCUUCGACUGUGCAGUACGGAGUUUCUUUUAAUAAAUAAUAUAAGACAAGUAGUCAAAGCUAAGAUGAUAAUUUGCACAUGUUUGCUUAGUUCUUUGCCAUAUCAGUGAAGCAAUAAUCUAGUCAUAAUGGAAGUAACGAGUGGCGCUGAAGAUGCGUUUGUGCGCGAAUGGACACCUUGCACUCAUAUUUUGAAUUUAAUUCCACCUCGUAUUUCUACGGGUAUAUUUUCUAGUGAACUGUGUCUAACUUGUGUGGACGCUGUGAGUGACUACAUAGCGCUGGGCACGAACGUGGGUUUAGUGUACUGGUACGACAGGAAAAAGGGCAAUAUCCAGAGGCUUCGAUGCGAGGCCGCAGCGACCCCCAUCACCUUCGUAAAGAUCGUGAACACCGUAGACUACAUGGUGGGCGCCGGCAACGCGGCGGGGCAGGUCACAGUGUUCCAAAUACCCAAGGAGCACCCGGAGAACAUCCCUGACACGCUGAAGCCUAAAGUAGAGCCGAAGGUCGAGAGGUACACAAUCAGUGACCUGCAUAAAGCCAAGAUAACCGCCAUCGAGUGGUCCAAGAACGGAAUGAGGCUGUUCUCUGGCGACAAGAACGGCGUCAUCAUCAUGACCGAGAUCGACUUCUACAUGCACCUCUGCAAAUCCAGUGAGAUCGUGAACGAAGAACACGAGAUAGUGCAGAUGAGCUACUAUCAGAACACGCUGUUGGUGUCCAGCUUGUAUCGCACGAUAGUGUGCGAGAAGCGGGACGGCAAGUGGUCGAUCAACCAAAUAGGCAAGCGAGAGAGGAAGAGCCUGUGCCACCUGGGUGCGGUGUUCCAGUACUCGUACUCGCGCGGCGGCGGCGGCGGCGGCGCGCUCGCCUACUGCGCGCGCCCCGGGGUGAGGCUGUGGCGCGCCGACCGCGCCGGGCAGGUGCUGCAUACACUUAUGUUCAAGGAUGCGAUAUCCAACCCGCUGACCAUCGCCGAGCUGCUGAACCCGUCCUCGCGCAAGCACAACCAUGCCGACAUGGAGUACAACCUGGGGCCGCUGCAUGUGUUCAGGGAGCACUACCUCGUGGCGCACAACGAACACUUCCUUUACGUGCUCGACCCCGAUACCCUGAGGGCCACGGCCGUCGUUGACGACUUGAGAAGGAUCCUCUCAGUGGCGGUGAACAAGGACGAGAUCUUCGUGCUAGAGGGAGGCCGCUCGCUCGUGCGUCUCGCUCACGCGCCCGAGCCCGCCACGCUCGCUUCAGACGACUCGAUCAACCUGAUGACGAAAUCCCUUACCAACUCAAUCCAGCAAGUCGUGAACACAGUGCGCGACGUCACCCUCGACCAGACGGCGUUCAUAACCAGUGUGCUGGAGGCACCAAAUUGGCUAACAAAGGACGCUAAGGACGCAACAGUGGCUGAAGAGUGUUUCGAACUGCCGCCAGUUAGGCAGUUGCCUGACGUUUCUCGCGACGUUUUGGAGUCCAUUAUAAACGAGUUCAAAGACGUGUCGUCGGAGGCGGAGGAGAUCAGGAGGGUCAAGUCAGAAGAGCUGCAGAAAAAGCUUAAACUGUAUAACAGCAUAAUGGAGAAAAAAUGCGAUUCGGAGCUGAUCCACUCCCGGCGCAGCCGCCGCCGCCCCGGCUCCGGCGCCUCCACCCCGCGCGCCCUCACCCCCGCGCGCGUCACCACCACCAGCCCCUGCCUCAUGCACGUCAGCGUUUAUGGAAACAACGACCAACAGAACGACGACCUUCUAGAAAAGCAAAUAGAAGAAAAAGAGAAAAUCCUAGCGAAAAUGCUCAACCUGGACUCCCUAAGCAUCACCACCAAAAUUGAAGACUGUCCUAAAGACGAGUACGUACCACAAUUCAAGGAACCAGAAAUUGUCACCCCAAAACAUAAAAUAGAUAAGGAUGUAGACUUAGUGCCCAAGAUUGUAAAGUUACCUAAUAAUUGGAAUCUAGAGAAUAUAGAGUUGAGGUUAGAGAUGCAGUCGAAUGGUAUAAAAGACGCGAAGAAUUUGAUGUCGCCAGAGGAACACUCGGAUAGCGAGUGGGAGAUAGUUUGAUAGUUGGUUUCAAAUUAGGAUACCCAAAAUUUUUUUUAAACACAUCGAUAAAGAAAAGACACCACAAGGAUUUUCUUCCACUGAACCGCCCGUUGCUAUCUCUAUUGCACGCGCAUAAUUAUAUUGCUGUCGCGCCCAUGAUGCCGGCUGACAAUGCCACUGUGCGAGCGUGAUUACAAUAUAAUUAAGCGCGUGCAAUAGAGAAAAAGCAAAAGGCGGGUCCAUGUACGAAAAUACUUGUGGUAAUGCUUCUUUUCUUUAGCUGGCAAAGCAUUUAUGUAUGCGUGAACGAUAAUGGAAUGGUGUUGCCUAGCGUGUUACAGGUCCCUACCAGUAAAAGGGGGGUGGCUUUAACUAUGAAAAUGUGGGGUUACUUUGAUAGUUUUAUAACGGCUAGAAAAUUACCAUUAUUCAUUAUUUACUGAAACUGUCCGUAUAACUAGUUUGAUUACUAGGUUACUACUAGGUUAUUACUAGGUUGACGACCGGUCUGGCCUAGUGGGUAGUGACCCUGCCUGCUAAGCCGAUGGUCCUGGGUUCGAAUCCCAGUAAGGGCAUUUAUUUGUGUGAUGAACACUAAUAUUUGUUCCUGAGUCAUUGGUGUUUUCUAUGUAUAUAAAUAUGUAUUUAUCUAUAUAAGUAUAUGUAUCGUCGCCUAGUACCCAUAGUACAAGCUUUGCUUAGUUUGGGGCUAGGUUGAUCUGUGUAAGAUGUCCCCAAUAUUUAUUUAUUUACUAUAAAUUGAUGUCCGCCUACUGAAAAAAAUACCAGCAUAUAAAUAUAUUAUGGUUUAAAAACUGAAAUUUCAAAGUCGCCCCUCUAUUUCAAAGCUACCCCUCAUUAUCAGUAUGGGUCGAUUAUUUAUUUGGCAGUUUAUUACACCUACCUAAAAUUAGGCAGUCCGUAAACAUUUCUUAUGGCUCCUCUACACGGAGGGCCAACGCCGGCCACUCCAAGGGACGCAGCCAUGCGGUAGAAUGAGAUAGCAAUAUCACUUGCUCCCUCUAACGCAUAAAUGCGUCCCUUGGAGUGGCCAUCGUGUAGAGGAGCUUUUACUAAUGAUUGAAGUCAAAGGUUGGUAGCACGAUUUAUUAUGUGUUUUAGAAUUCGGCUGAACAAUAUAACGAAGCUUUAAAUAGCUUGGCAACUAGUGCGUUAAUAGUAGUUUGACAAGCUAAACUCGAGAGUGGCGGUAAAUAAGGAAAACACUUUGCUGCCGUACCGUAUACGCACCUUAGUAAAAAUGGACGAAGAUUCCAUUAUCAGCGCGUCUGCAUCUCGCACGCGAGACAGACUAGACCAUAGACUAGGAAUCCUCUAGGCCGAGUUUAGAGCAAUUAUUUCAUGCAAACGAUGAUGCCAAAAAUGCGGGGGUGUGCGGGACGAGGUGAGCGAAGUCCCGUGCCGUGAUUGCUCCGUUCAAAGACACGGACGUCACACAAAGACACUUUCGACUCGAACAUGGAAUAAAAUUACCGUAUGCGUGGCAGAGGGGGUAGCGCGACUAUGCUCAGUCUGGAGGAUGUUUUGCCUGUGGACUAGAUCACGUGUGGUGAAGUAAUAGUUAUUAGGCAGCAAUUUAUAGGUAAAUAAGACCGCAAGUACACGCUUAGGUAAUUUUACACUUAUACACUUUAAAUGUUAUGUAAAAUAUAAUUAGCGUUAGGUUAGGUUAGCCAUCAUGCAGCCAGUUAACAGUUAUGCUUUAUAUAAAAAGAACAAAUACAGGCUGUAUAAGAUUAGCCUACAAUAAACAUAGAUUGAUGCAGUUAUCUCUUAUCUUCGUAAGGUCCACCAUGCAAAAUUUGACUAUUUUUAAUUUGAACCUUGUGUUAUAGUAAAUUGGGAUGAAUUUCGUUUGUUUGAGAAGGAAAUAGAACAAAAGAAAUGCUACUUCAUUUAAGUGGUGUAUUUUAUAGUGCCCAUUGGGACUUACGAGUUUAUAUCUACGCGUUAUUCCCAGUCCAGUUAGAUAAUAUUCACUAAUUCUAUCUAGAGUUUCCCUGUGACUGAAUCUCUAAAAAGUAAUUAUAGGUAGCUUUUAGUAUUUGUAGACAUUUACCCUUUCCAACACACAUCACAUAGCAAUACAACGCACGUGUUAUUCAAGCAUAAUAAAUAAUAUGUUAGGUACCGUAAAACGGGGUGACUAGGAUAAUGGGGUUACUUUGAUAGUUAUUGAAAUGGCAUAAAAAUAGCAUUAUUUUUUAUUUACUCUAAUAUGAAUUCAUAUUUAUCUACUACAAAUAAAUCGCACAUAAAUACUAAUAUGGCUUAAAAUUGAAAUCUCAAAGUCGCCCCUGCAUUCCAAAGCCACCCUGUUUUCUGUACAAUAUUUGUAGCAUAAUAAAAUUAAUAAAGUACGUAAGACAUCACGGGUGCAUAGUAGUGUAAAAUAUUAGUUAAGUAGAUGUAUUGGCUUUACACCCAUUGUAAGUUUAUUUACUUGUGCAAAAAAAACUGUUCAAUCGAAACAAUCAGACGAGAAUACAAUAAGGACAUACAUGUUUAUAAAUAAAUGAAUUUGUACAUUCUAGAGCACAUCUUAUAAAACUAAAACUUUACAUAUGUAGGGGUCUCGCCUCAUUCGGGUCGGCUCGCAUCGGCCAGCGCCUGCCGACGCGUCAACGGCUUUUUCGCUCUCAUUGCGAAGACAUUAAGCUUUUUCCUAUCGGCUUUUGCCGAAUUCCCGUCGAUAUAUCUGGGGAGACCCUGAAACGGCAUUAAGUACAAACUUUUAUGUAUUCAGUGUACCUAUAGUAUACCUAUAUAAAUUCGGGCACAGAACAAUUUAUUGACCUUUUGCCUCUUACUAGUCCUUCUGUUUAAAUUUUAAAUAGUCAAUAAUUUACGGAGAACAAAAAUGCUAUUAAACCAUAAUAAUGAUUUUGUUUUACGCCUUGUCAUUAUUUUUGAAAACCUGCCCACGUAAUGUGUUGUAUAAAUUAGGUAAGGAAAGCAACUAAAAUAUAAGUAACAGUUUGUGAUUGCAUUUAUUUAAGACGGUAUUUAUCCCUGGUGAAAAUAUUUUGAUGUAAACUACCUAAUGCCGAUACCCUUUAAAAUAAGUAUCGACUGUAAUUUAUUUUGUAAAGUUUGUGUAGUAUUUUUGUAGUGUAGUUUAUCCUAUUUAAAUUAAGUAUGUCUUAUAGUUUGUUAAGCUGAAUGGGGUAAUUCCGAAAAAUUAUAACCAUUAUAGUGUAGAGUUGUAGACUGUAGACUAUCAUGCUGUGGUAACGACAGGCAAGACAAUAAAUAAAUAUGACAUCUGAAUCUAUUAUUUUGCGAGUCAAUACAGGUCCUUUAUUCACAUUUCAAAGCAGAAGCUCGGAAUUAUCCCAAUACACCAUGUUAAAAUUAAAUUUAUUUGACAAACUAUCCUUUAAUCGUGUGUAUUUAUUUUCUAAAAUAUAGUUACCGUCGACUGGUUUUUUUUCACGGGGUAACAUUGAUCAUCGAAUUUAAAUCUGCAAGGAAUUUGAUUCUUAAACCAUAGUCCAUAAUGGAUCGCAUUAAUUACAAAAACCAAUGUCUGGUCGAUGUUACCCCUCGAAUUCAAGUAACCCCAGUCUAUGGUUCUAUGACUGUAUGUUUUCAUGAGUGCUCUCUUUGCAUAUUUAUUUAAAUGAAAUGUAUCCUUUUGCCAUUAUUUUUUUAUACUUAGGUACCUAUUUUUAAGAUGACCUAAGUGAAUGCUCAAUUGCUCAUAUGUAAGGUCAUAAGCAUGUCUAAGUGUGUCACACAAUGGAAGUGACAGCAGGGUGUUAUCUAUUGGGCAUUAGCAUGUCGAGCACUGGGGCGUUUACCUUAUACCUACAUUUUUUUCUUUAUUAAACAUAUUUGUACAUUUAUUUUUACAAUUUAUACAUGUUGGUUUUACAUUCAAAGUUUAACGUUACAUUGUUAAUGUAGUAUUUAUUUAGAUCUCGACGCACAAUGCUAAACAAAAAGUAUUCGUUUUUUUAUUUGUAACAUAUUGAAAAUUCUUUUUUUUUAUAUUUUACGAAAUUUUAAGUUCACGCCUAAAUAGUAGGUAUUGUAUGUUUAAUGCCGAAUUUAAUUCAUGUUGGUUUUUAUUUGUACUUAAAUAUUAGUUAUAUGUAUUUAAAAAUAAGCAUAAUAACAACUGUAUCCAGUCAUACGCCUAAUGUUGGUAUAGUAAGUAUAUAUUGUACCCGAAAAAUAAUUAUUCAUAAUCAACCCCGGUUGUAAUAAUUGCAAUAAUAAUAAGUUUUUUAAAUCGAAAUGGUUCUAAAUAGUCGUGGUCCGAGUUAUUUGAACCCACGAAAGUUCCUGUUUUAGCCAUUUAAUGCUCUGUCGCCAGUGGCGGAUUUGCCCUAAGGCUCGUAGGCCCAGGCCUAGAGCGGCAAGAUAUUGGACUGUAAGGCGGCAGUGUACUUAUAGAUGGGUGCUGCGAAAGAGGCGGCUAGUAGUUACCACAGGACCUGGGGUCUCGGGCGGCCAACACUGCAAAUCCGCCACUUUCUGUCGCUUUUAGUAAGUACCCCUAUCAAUCGUGCACUCCACUCCGCAUAUCCAAUACCGCGUACCUAUCACUUUAUGGAUGAAAUGUGAUGUUCCAUGAUAAAGGUACUUUAUGGCGGUCGGCGCUUACAUCGCCUAGCACCGUAUUAUUAUUGGAGGGUCGUUAAUAAUAGCGUAAACGCCAUAACUUAGCUUUACAUGUGGAACAUCACAAAUAGUGCCAUGAAUAUUGUAAGACUAAGGUGCAAAAAUGUAAUCGAAAAAAACUACUGUAUUGAUAUACAAAACAAUAUUCAAUUUAAUAUUUGUCUGUAGCAUAGUAGAGGGAUGAACCGAUUUCGAUUUCUUCAUUGUAGAAAUUUAAGCUAAAGUAGCUGUAAUUCGAAUAAAUCAAGAUGAUCAAAAGCAGCCAACAUUAUAAUGUUUUAAGUUUAAUCUAGUGGAAUGAAAUAGAACAAAAUAUUAAUCACCGUUAUGACACACGAUGAUAUUUUAGUGAACUGUCUGCUGCAUUUUUGUUUUGCAAAUAAAAUAUUUAUAUCUA